UCUGGACUCCACUGCCCGGCUGGGCCCCGCCGGUGGACCAGCGAGCCGCGCGCGGGGUCGCCCCAGGGGGCGCGGGCGCAGGUGGCCCGGCGCCCGGUGGAGCCCUGGCGCCCGGGAUCUGAAGCAGGUCGAUAGCGGAUCGAUAGCAGCUCCGGCAGCACCAUGUCUGGGGCGGCCAAGGCCCCGCCGGCCGGCCGAGAAGCGGUCGGAGGUGGCCCGGCGGGCGGCGCGGCUGCAGGUGCCGGGGCGCAGUAGCGGGUGCGGCGGGCGCGCGGCCGGGAGGCCCCUGGGCCCCCAGCCCCCGAGACUCAACUCCGGCCGGGGCCCGAACAAGUUGCGCCGGCAGCGGAGAGCCGGGCUACGGGGCCACCGGCCCGCCAUGCCGGCGGUCAAGAAGGAGCUCCCAGGCCGCGAAGACCUGGCCCUGGCCCUGGCCACCUUCCAUCCGACCCUGGCCGCACUGCCGCUGCCGCCGCUCCCAGGCUACCUGACACCGCUGCCGGCGGCGGCCGCCCUGCCCCCGGCCGCCUCGCUCCCCGCCGCGACCGCCGGCUACGAGGCGCUGUUGGCUCCCCCGCUCCGCUCCCCGCGCGCCUACCUGAGCCUGCACGAGGCCGCCGCGCACCUGCACCUGCCCCGGGACCCUCUGGCCCUCGAGCGCUUCUCGUCCGCCGCGGCCGCAGCGCCGGAUUUCCAGCCGCUUCUGGACAACGGCGAGCCGUGCAUCGAGGUGGAGUGCGGCGCCAACCGCGCGCUGCUCUACGUGCGCAAACUCUGCCAAGGCAGCAAGGGUCCGUCCAUCCGCCACCGCGGGGAGUGGCUCACACCCAACGAGUUCCAGUUCGUCAGCGGCCGGGAGACGGCCAAGGACUGGAAGCGCAGCAUCCGCCACAAAGGAAAAAGUCUGAAGACGCUUAUGUCCAAAGGGAUUCUGCAAGUUCACCCUCCAAUCUGCGACUGUCCAGGCUGCCGAAUAUCCUCCCCGGUGGCCAACCCUCAGGCUCCAUUGCCCCACCUCACCCCACCUGACCCCAAUGCCAUCCGGUGUAUCUCACUGAGUGUUGCAGAGAGGAACACGGAGGGUGUCCCAAGUGGAUUCACAAGGAACCGGGGGCGGCUGGCGGACAAGAGGACAGUUGCCCUCCCCACCGCACGGGUCCUAAAGAAGGAGCUGACCCCCAGCUUCUUGCCCAGUGAUGGUGACAGCGAUGGGAGUGGCCCAGCCUGUGGGCGGCGGCCGGGCUUGAAACAGGAGGACACCCCACAUGUCCGUAUCAUGAAGAGAAGAGUCCACACCCAUUGGGACGUGAACAUCUCCUUCCGAGAGACGUCCUGCAGCCAGGACAGCGACCUGCCCGCCUUCCUAUCCAGCGUCCAUCGCAGCCGCCGCCUCGUUAUGCCCGAGCACCAGAGCCGCUGUGAAUUCCAAAGAGCUGGUGUGGAGCUAGGCCUGGGGGCCACAGGUGACCUGUCGGGCAAGAGGCUAGGCCGCUCCCCCCACAGCAGCGGCGACUGCCCAUUGGAGAAGAAGGCGCGGAGCAAGUCACCCCAAGAGACUCUGUUGCUGCCAGAAGCAGGACCCAGCAUGGCCCCUGAGGACCACUACCGCAGGCUUAUGUCGGCCCUGAGUGGAGCCGGCACCCUCGAGGACCCCCAGCGUCUCUACCACCUGGGCCUCCCCAGCCACGAUCUCCUCAGAGUCCGGCAGGAGGUGGGAGCAGCAGCUGUGAGGAGCCCCAGUGGCCUGGAAGUCCACCUGCCCUCACCCACGGCAGGUCAGCGUCGAAAGCAGGGCCUGGCUCAGCACCGAGAGGGCACCGUGCCAGCGGGCACCCCCUCCUUCUCAGAGAGGGAGCUGUCGCAGCCGCCCCCCUUGCUGUCGCCCCAGAAUGCCCCGCACAUCACCCUGGGCCCCCACCUCAGGCCCCCCUUUCUGGGGGUGCCCUCGGCCCUUUGCCAGACCCCAGGUUACGGGUUCCUGCCCCCUGCCCAGGCGGAGAUGCUCGCCCGGCAGCAGGAGCUCCUGCGGAAGCAGAACCUGGCCCGGCUGGAGAUGUCCGCAGAGCUGCUGCGUCAGAAGGAGCUGGAGAGCGCGCACCGGCCGCAGCUGCUGGCACCCGAAGCCGCCCUGCGCCCGUCCGAGGGCGCGGAGGAGCUGCAGCGGCGCGGGGCCAUGCUGGUGCUGAGACACAGCUCCGCGCCGCUGCUGGCCCUGCCCCCCCAGGGGCCCCCGGGCCCCGGCCCGCCCACCCCUCCCCGGGAGCCUGUCCGCCGCGCCCCUCGGAAGGGGGGCCCCAGCCCGGCCUCAGCCCACUCCAGUGAGUCCAAGGAGACCACCGGGGCUGGGCUCUGGGCACAAGAUGGCUCUGAAGACGAGCCCCCCAAGGAUUCAGAAGGAGAGGACCCUGAGAUGUUGGCUGCUGGGGGCCAAGCCUCAACCGGAGGGGCCAGCCCUGAGGGGAAGGGGCUUCUCUCAGGGUCCAUGCUGCCCCCUCCCCUGCCCCUGGGCUUACCCUAUGCCGUCAGCCCCUACUUCCACACAGGCACCAUGGGGGGACUCUUCAUGGAUGGGGAGGAGGCCACAGCCCCCGAGGACCUCAGCAAGUGGACAGUGGACGAUGUCUGCAGCUUUGUGGGGGGCCUGGCUGGCUGUGGAGAGUACGCACCGGUAUUCAGAGAACAGGGGAUCGACGGGGAGACCCUGCCCCUGCUGACCGAGGAACACCUCCUGACCACCAUGGGGCUGAAGCUAGGGCCUGCUCUCAAGAUCCGGGCCCAGGUGAGUGCCUGUGGGGGAGGGGGAGCUGUAGUCUCCAGACAAGGGCCCUGCAGCACUGAGGCUCUUUGUGGCUCAAGCCAGCGGUCCAGAAGUCCCCCACCCAGGCCCGUCUCUCCACAGGUGGCCAAGCGCCUAGGCCGAGUCUUCUACAUGGCCAGCUUCCCUGUGGCUUUGCCGCUGCAGCCACCAAUGCUGCGGGCCCCGGAGCGGGAGCUCACCUCCGGGGAACAGCCCCUGUCCCCCACAAUGGUCCCCUCCCCCUAUGUGGGGGGGCAUCCCCCUGCUGGCCGAGCCUCUCCCAAGCAAGAGAACGGAACUGUGGCUCUGUUCCCAGGGCCUGCAGAGCCCCCCCAGCCUCUGUGCUGAACUGGUGGGUGAGCGCCCCUGCCCCCUAACCCUCCAGUGCCAGCAGCUCUGAUGCAAAAGACCCACCCCACAGCUUUCUUUCUUUUUGAUUUGGAUGCA